CGGACACGAUAAGGGGAGUCGUUAUAACAGGAUUCUACUGUAUUUCCAACCAAAAUUUUAAAUUACAUAGGUAUUAUGUAAUUCAUUAUCUAUCGUUAUAGCUCUUUUUUAUCCAUCGUAUUAUCAAAGUAAAACCCAUUACAUAAUAAAAAAAUUAUUAAAAUUAAAAUAUUAUUUGAAUUGCUUUGAAAUCGGUUAUCCAGAUUUUCGAUUAUACGGAAUACCGAUGGUUUUAAUUGAUCCGGAUAAUCGGGAUUCUACUGUAAAGUGUGAGCUAUAGACUGAAAUUGAUUGCUCCGUUUUGUUUUGGAAUUGCAUUUAGUUUUAAUGAGGAGGCACUGCGAAAAGAAAUACAUGUAUAGUUUCUAAAAGUCAAGCAGCCUUGAAUUUAUCUUUGACUCCCCACGUCAACCAUGUCAGAAAAGCUGGGCUUUUUGGUUUUGUUGUUACUUUGUGAUCGGAUCAAGAAGCUAUUCAUUCAGGUAUUUCAAGUGGCCUUGCUACAUGCCCUAUGGCACGUCUCACGCCGAAGCUGAUUAGGGCCGCAGGGAUCGUGGACGACCCGAGUCUGGUAGCCCCACUGCCCUACCUCAACUUCCUUCGCUACCUAAAGCGGAAAGUCUUCCGAAGCUACGAUGUGCGCCGCUUACUUCAGGUGGGCCUUGUCCACUGGAAUGCACUGAGCAAUGCCAAGAAGAGGCUGUUCGAACCAGAACGCAUCUUGGCCCGCGUGGCUCGCAGGCAAAGGAAAACUCGGCGCCGCAGAUUGUUGCGCCGCAGUCGGCAUGGCCAGAAAGGAACAGAUGCAGUGCGUCGCCCCAUAUACGACAAACGUCCUUUGGCAAGGCGCCGAAGACGUAAGUAGGCCCGCCGGGCCUUGGAAAAUUAAAAACUAGUUCGGUUUUCUGAAGCUCAGAGAACAUAUACAUUAGACUCUCCGACUUUCUACUCCACACUUAAUUUCCUCCUUUCUGGUGUUUGGCCAAUCCUGUGAGAACGACGAGUUCUACAAGUACAUAAUUGACUGGUAAAGUUAGUUGUGGGAACCAGCCCAGAUUCUAACAACACACCAAGCAGCUUGUCAAAUGGCAUUUUAAAAUUUCACGUCGCGUGAGUUGCUGUAAAAAGGGAGAUUAAAACGAAAUCUUUACACUUUCACUUUUUGCACGGAAGGAUGAAGAACUUGCUCCUGAUGUCUCGCUGUAUUGUGAUUGGCCCUUGCUGAGCUUCGAGUAUUUUUUAAUAUUUAAAAGUUGUUUGUUUAAUAUAUAUACAUAUAUAUAUAUAUAUUUUACAGAAUCAAUAAAUUUAAUAUAUCCUUCAAGCUAAAACAAUAACUAGCACUCAGCUGAGAUUCCUAAAAAAAAAGGUCCGAUAAGAGUCAAGACCUUCCAUAGUCUUUGGCAAAGCAAUAUUAGUUAUUAUUUCGGAUAAAUUUAAAAAGGUAAAAACUAAUAGAUAGAUAGAUUAGGAUAUUUGACAAUUCAAUAAUUGUGCAGGCGAAGCAGAUCGCGAGAAAAAUACCGUAUCAGCGACUAUCUGUUCGACAGCCACUUUCUGUUUGUCAGUCAAUGAAUUGUUAAUUUUAAUAAUCGCUGGCUUAAGAAACAAGUCAGCUACGCAAGCAAGUUGGGAAACAGAAAGAGCGGCGCUGAAACCACUACAAGUGUUUGGCUUUAGUUUGCGCUGAACCUGCAGUCUCACAGCGUGUGCUAUGAUAUGAUUAGUGAUCGAAAAGCUAUCAAAACUGGUUUCCUUCUGCUCUAAAAAAUUCCCGUUUUGGAUAUUUUCCUGUGGAGUGGUUAACUAACUCAACUAUUUGACAAGCGUCUGCCGACGCAACGUGCAGCGGCAGGUAAGUCGAGAGAGAUUAUGUCACUUAAUUGCACUUAAAUUGCCCUGUCCCACUGGCUGCUCCUUUUAUCUCGGUCGCCGUGCACUGAUGACUGGUUAUUCGUUGCUUGCUACACAAAAAAAUCGCUCCACAUAACAACACAUGGCCUCACAAAAAGCCUAAGCACCAAGUUGCCCCUUGUAUCCGGAGAACACCUUCGCAGGGUUUUGAAUUAAAGUCAAGCACAGCUAGGACCGGGCGACAGGAGCUGUGCGAGGGCGAAACAACAGGCUUCACUUGGUUUUGAAUUUUGUAUACACAUUGGCAUUUACAAACACUCUUCGCGUGGUUACGCACUUGCGUUUUCUUUGAGACUGCACUGCUUUAGAUUGAAUUUGAAAACGCCUGCUCAACAAGGCGAAAGCGGUCAACGCGAGUUAACGAUCUGGCGAAAAAGGGCAACAAAUCAAUGACUCUGGGCACAAAUGGCAAAUGCGCUGAAAUGGAGAUAGAGAUACACCCAGUGAUAUAAAUACAAUCGUGGGCAGCCUGCCAUAUUGCCCAAAGGUAAGACUUCCGCAUAGUCCCAACGUUCUUCAACUCAUUAGCAGUGUCAGCAACAUCUCCCCUUCUUAAAAGCUCUAGCAGUCAGAGGACCAAAAUCAAAAAGGAAGAUAUAAUUAUUUAUAUCUUAUCAGGGGCGAGGAAUUCAUGUAGUCCAAAACAUAG